UUUCUCUUGCAAGUUAUCGUAGUUAUGUGCGUGAUACGUGAAAGGUAAAUAGGUAACCGAAUUAACUCGCAUUUCAAGCUACCGGAGGUCAACUGCAUUAAGUAUUCUCACGUUGUUCCUAAAUCACACAGAAUAUUCUCAUCAUAUCAGGUGAUGCAUUCUUCUUUGUAACCACAUCCAGAGCUACAGGAAUGAGUGCUCCAAAUUCAAGCGAGAGGCGAGCUUGUUGGGGAGCCAGAGAUAAAUUGUGGAAAUGCCUUGACGACAACCAAGAUAACGCAGCAUUAUGUGAACAAUAUCAGAAGGAGUUCGAGGCGAACUGCCCAGGCCAGUGGGUGAAAUAUUUCAUAAAAAGAAGAGACUUCCUUAAAUACAAGGAGAAGAUUCAGAAAGAGGGAUUUGAACCUGCUGAUGGGCCACCAAAGCUAUAGCCAUAACGCAGAGGCUGUGCAAUAAGGAGCUGUCAGUACCACUGGACCUGUGGUCACUUUGGUGGAGUGUCCACUGUGCACCCACAGAGACUGAGUCAAUGUACGAGUGCUUUAAUUCCAUUUUGCACCACAUCUAUUUACUGAGCUGUCUUGACAUGGUUUUAAACUGUGUGGUAGAGUUGAGAACAAAUGUGUUCUUGUUUAUAAACCCACAUGUGGACAAAAAGGAGACAUUGGCACUGUCAACAUCAAGAUUACAAUACAGUGCUCUUUUAAAGAGGUUUUGAGUGAUAUAAAAAUUAAAGCCUUAAAAAAGCACAG